GAGAUAUCCUCCUGUUGUGCCUAGGAUUUCUUCUAAACGUGAAGUUAUUAUUUCACUUCUAGUAUCUCCACCAGGCACCCAGCCAUUUUCAACUGAAAAAAUUGAUGAUUCAAUUUAUAUAAAGACAAUCAACAAUAAUUUGUUACCUAUCUUACAAGAAGUUGUGAAAUGUGAAGAUUUGUAUUCUGUGAAUCCUAAAGUAUCAGCCCAUGAAUUAUUCAUGAUCCUACCAGAAUUAAAGAAAUAUAUUAGCAAGGAUCCUGAAGUAACAAAUAAUAAAAUGAGUCGGGCUGGCAAUGAAAGUUAUGAUCCGUUAGUACAAUUAGUUGAUUGGUUGGAAAAAGAAUUUGAAGCGACUUUACAACAAAUUAAGAAUAUGAUUGAUAAGAAUGAAAUUUCAUUUAACAAUUUGUGGUAUAUAUUUCCAGUAGCAACUCAAGUUUAUGCCGAAAUACAUGAAAAGAUUUCCGGUGCUCGGGUUACAAAUUGCGAAUAUCAAACAUGUUUUGGAAUACAAUACUUUGUCGUUAAUUGUGAAAAUAUUGAUUCAAAUGGACAUGGGUUUAUUAACAGCUUUAAAUCAUGGACUAUUCCUUAUUUCAUUGGUGUAUCAGAUAUCGAAAACCUCCCGGUAGUUCCGUUACCAAAAGAAUGUGCAAUACGAGAUGAAUUGGUAAAAAGAGGUAGAAAAUUUGAAACGUUGGCUAUUGGUUCUCAUUACAUGAGAUAUGAAGGAAAAUUUUUUAAAACAUCAUGGUUUGGUCCUACCUAUUUCAAAGGUGAUGGACGUAUGAUGAUUGAUGCUACAACCUUUAGUCAGAUAAAUCCAAAUUACAAUAUGGGCAUGGCAAAUAAUAAUAGGAGAUUUUACAGAAUUGGUGGUAGAAAUAUGCAUGGCCAAAAUGAUACCUCCUCUCAAAAUAAAGUUAAAGAGGAUGAGCUUUACAUGUGCUCUCCUACAUUUUUCGGUUUUAGCUUUUUUGCUAAAAAGUGGGGCCAAUUUUAUGUUGAUCAAGUGUAUGAAAUUGAAUUUGAUGAUGAUGCAUUCAACGAAUUAAUAAUGGAUGCAAAUAAAAAGAAAAUUAUUAAAAGUUUAGUAAAUUCUGAAAUAAUUGGUUUGGAUUUGAUUAGUGGUAAAGGUGGUGGAUGUAUUUUUUUAUUACAUGGCCCUCCUGGAGUGGGUAAAACAUUAACCGCCGAAGCCAUCUCUGAAUAUUUGCAUCGUCCAUUAUAUGCUGUCAGCGUUGGUGAAUUAGGUGUAACACCUAAGGAGUUAGAAGAUCAGUUAGGCAGAAUUCUCGAAGUUGCAAGUGCUUGGGAUGCCGUUAUUCUCAUUGAUGAAGUUGAUAUUUUUUUGGAGCAAAGAAGUAAAAAUGACAUAAAUCGCAAUGCAUUGGUGGGAAUAUUCCUAAGAUUGUUGGAGUAUCAUCAGGGCAUUCUCUUUCUUACAACCAAUCGUGUUGAAUGUUUCGAUAAGGCUUUUCAUUCUAGGCUUAGUAUAGUCUUAAAAUAUGAAGAGCUUGAUGAAUUAGCACGCGCCCAAGUUUGGCGUACAUUCUUGGAUCGUGCCGAUGGUAAAGAUAAAAGUCAAGUUGAUAUUGAAAAGUUAAAAAAACGACAAAUGAAUGGAAGAGAGAUCAAAACAGCUGUUCGAAUGGCAAAG